UAUAGAUCUAAGCAGAAUAAUGUUUCUUAUAUUUACCGGCAAAUUCAAGAGGAGUUCCAAAGUCAAACGUUUAAUAUGCAAAUGAAACAGCUAAAUGCAACAAAAUGCAGUGCAGAGAAAAACAGGUUUACAUCCUUGAGACCAGUAAGCCCAUCAUCCAUCCGCUCAGGCUAUUCUCUUUACUCCACGGAUACCGAUGAUCAAGUGAUGAGUACUCAUAGAGGUCUAGAUAGGUGUGCUGCUUUACUGGCUAACAUGAUGGAGAGUGAGGGAAUAGAAAAUGUCCCUACGAAACUGGAGAGAGGUGUUAGGAGCAAGCUAGGGGGCAUGUCCCAUACAAACCAGCAGAAUAAACAGACCACCAAGCAGAAAGUUCCUGUUACAAAGACGAGAGUAAAGACAACGUCAAUACAGAAGAAACCUGUUCGGUCUGGCUCUUUAAAAGAAAAGAAGCAGACAGGAAGAAGGUCUUUCAAUCAGAAAUUAGUCUCGUCAACGCCAAACCAAAAACAUACAAAGCUCAACAAAGCAGAACAAAAGAAGCAAGGCAGUGAUAGGAUGCAUUCUAAGGAUACACACAGAGACAGAACGGAUGUUUAUACAGAGAAAGAGGUAACAGACAAAGCUCAUCCAAGAAUUCCUGCAAGGGUUUCUCCAGGAAACAAGGAGAACUUUCCUUUAUCAAAGCAACCAUCGCAGAGAGGGAAUGGCCCAAAACAAUUCAUUGAAACAUACGAUGUAACACCACAGGUACUGAAUGAUAAUGUUAUCACUAAGACAAGAGUAAGGACAGAAGUCGUCAAGAACCCAGCUAUAAGACAUGAGGUAGCCAGAGUGAAUGAGAAGCCACAGCGUAAUGCAGCAUCCUCAAGGCAAGGUAGUACUGUUCAAAGUCGAUUGAAUGAAGAACAGACCUAUGUAGAAAGGGACUAUGUCAUGUUACAGCCUCAGCAUGUAGGAAUCACUAGACAGGAACAGCAGUGGACUGAGUUGCCUCAAGAGGUUAAUGGACAGACUGGACACAUUACUGGUACUGUGAAUUACACAGACCCUAACACUCAACCAUGGGUUAGUCGUAUAGAUAUGGACCCUGUGAGAAUCACUCCUGAUAAUCUACGUAGUGCAGGAACACAAAACAUUCAUCACCUGCAACAACAUGACCAUCACCACUAUAAGCAGCAUCAAGAUCAGCUGGACCCUCAUGCUCCUCAUCCUCAGGGUCAUGCAGUAGAGAGUCAGUUGGCUGCAGCUGCAUGGGAAAACUCAAGAACAGGUCCAGGUUUACAAUCAUCAAGGAAUCUUGACUCACAUCUGGAGAGUGGUGUGAGACAGGGUCUAGUCAGUGAUGGCAUGGGACCAGUGCAAACAACUCAAUCCAUCUUGAGAGACUUGGUGGGCAAACUCCAAAAGAUGAAUGAAAGUCAGAUACAAACUCCACAAACUCAGCUCUCGCACCCCUCUCCUGGUAGUGGAGUGACCCAGAACAAUAUCAGUCAUACACAUCAACAGAUGGGACAUGGAUCAAAGAAUGUCAGCAGGAGGGGUGUGGAUCAUAAUGUAAGAGAACAAGAUGAGAGAAUGCAAGAUAUGUUAUCAUUGGAUAGAAACUUUGCCAAGCACAGUACAGUCCAUCAUGCAUCCAGAUCCGGGAGCCAUGGGAUUAGCCUAGGAGCCAGUGCUGUAGGAACACACAAUGCAGAUCCUCAAAGUAGAGCUGAGCAGCUAGAGCCAGUCAGGGAUUCUGGUCGGUCAUGUGAUCAUAAAUCUACCAAUCAAAGUCCAGGAUCUCUUGUGACACAGAUGCAAAGAGUUUCUCAUGAGGUUGCUAAAGAUCCCAUAGAUGCCGUGAUAGAUACAGGUACUCCCAAGCCACAUACAUCUCCUAAAGGUCAUCAGGUCAAAGAUGAUGUUGGUGUUCAGACCCCGCCCUUCAGCUCUCGCCCUCCGGUUGUCAUGACUGGUACCAAAGGUAGCAAUGCAUUAUGGGAUCAGGUACGGACUUUGAAGUAUAUUACUAAGGAGCUCCAUUCGGCCAACAUGAAAAUUGGUGACGUGCAAACUCAAGAGCUUUUGACGGAGCUAGAGGAAGUAGUUGAGACAUUACCAUUCACCAGCCUGGAUAGAGAUCUACAAACAGAGAUUAGUCUGGCUCUUCAACCAAUCAGAAGUGAGAAUAGUCAGCUUAGGAGAAGGCUAAGAAUAGCCAAUCAGCAACUCAGGCAGAUCCAACUUCAAGCACAGGCAAAGGAAAACAGCCAAUCAGGUGUCAGUUUAGAAGUCUUUGAAUGUAAACCUACAGAAGCAAGUAGAAGAACUCCAAAGUGA